AACCUUCACUCAUCUCCAAAAUGGUUCUCCUUGGACGAGGAUUACUUGCCGUCGGGCGUGUUGCUUUUCGACGUCCGAUGAUUGUACGACACCUUCAAUAUGAUGCUUUUGUUGAUAGACAUAUUGGACCAAGACGAUUGGAGCAGCAACAAAUGCUCGAUUUUAUUGGAUACAAAGAUCUAGAUGAUCUCACCGGAACCAAUGUGCCAAAUAUGAUCAAAGCAGAGAAGGCUCUAGAGCUUCCAGCACCACUUGACGAAUACAAGAUGCUCAAAGAGUUGGAAGCAAUUGCAGCACAGAACAAGAUUUAUAGAUCUUAUAUUGGAAUGGGAUAUUAUGAUACAAUUGUGCCAGCUGUCAUUUCUCGUAAUAUCCUUCAAAAUAUUGGAUGGAUCUCCCAGUAUACUCCAUACCAAGCAGAAAUCUCACAGGGAAGACUUGAGUCUCUUUUAAACUUCCAGACUAUGAUUGCUGAAAUGACUGGUCUCCCAACAACCAAUGCAUCUCUUUUGGAUGAAGCCACAGCUUCUGCAGAAGCAGUUGCACUGGCUGCUAGAACUACAAAGAGAAACAAAAUUGUCGUUGACUCAUUCUGUCAUCCACAAAAUCUUGAUGUAAUCAGAACUCGUAGUGGACCACUUGGAAUAGAUAUUGAAGUUUCUGAUUCAAUUGAAGGAUAUGCGUUUGAUGAUAAAGUAGCUGCUGUAGUUGUUCAAUAUCCGAAUACUGAAGGAAGAAUUCAUCAAUUCGACGAGUUGAUCGAAAGUGCUCACAAGAAUAAGUCAUUGGUGAUAAUGGUGUGCGACUUGCUCUCGUUAACGAUUCUCCGAUCACCAGGAGAUCUUGGUGCAGAUAUUGCUGUUGGAUCGGCUCAACGAUUUGGAGUUCCAUUGGGUUAUGGAGGACCACACGCUGGAUUUAUGGCUGUCGCUAAGCAUGAUGCGAAGAAUGCAUUGGGAAGAAAUAUUCCAGGAAGAAUCAUUGGAGUUACUAAGGAUGCAAAUGGAAAUCGUGCUCUUCGCCUGGCUCUUCAAACCCGUGAGCAACACAUUCGUCGUGAUAAGGCAACCAGUAACAUUUGUACUGCUCAAGCUCUUCUUGCUAAUAUGUCAGCUAUGUACGCAGUCUAUCAUGGUCCACAAAGACUCACUGAAAUUGCCAGAGGAGUUCACAAAUCAACUGCAUAUCUUGCUUACCAUCUUCGAAAUGCUGGUCACGAAAUUGUACACAAGGACUACUUUGAUACUUUGAAAAUCCGUCUGAAGGAUAAAGCCGCUCUUGAAGAAACGAAAAAGAGAGCCGAGGAAAUGAAGAUGAACUUCCGUUAUUAUGAAGAUGGAGAUAUCGGAGUUUCAUUGGAUGAGACUGUUAAAUCUGAAGAUCUUAUGGAUAUCAUCUACACAUUGAAUGGAGCCACAGAAAAGGAUGUGACCAAGCUUCGUGAAGAACGUUGGGAAGUUGCAUGCCCAUUAAUUGGAAACUCACCACAUUCUAGAUCAUCACUAUUCCUUCAACAUCCGGUAUUUAAUACUCAUCAGAGUGAACAACAGCUUGUUCGAUAUAUGAAACGAUUGGAAAAUAAGGAUGUUUCUCUUGUUCAUUCGAUGAUUCCUCUUGGCAGCUGUACCAUGAAGCUUAACGCAUCUGCUGAACUUAUUCCUAUCACCUGGCCAACUCUAUCAUCUAUUCAUCCAUUUGCUCCUGUAGAGCAGGCCAAGGGAUAUAGUCGUAUCUUUGGAGAUCUUGAGAAGUGGCUUUGUGAAAUCACUGGAUACGAUAACUUCAGCUUGCAACCAAACUCUGGAGCCAAUGGAGAAUAUGCUGGACUUCUUGCCAUUCGGAAUUAUUUGAUUCACAAGGGAGAGGAGCAGAGAAAUAUUUGUCUCAUUCCAACGUCUGCACAUGGAACUAAUCCAGCAUCUGCUCAAAUGGCUAAUAUGAAGGUUGUUGUCGUGGACUCAGAUCAUCACGGAAACAUCAACUACAAGGAUCUGGCAGCUAAAGCUGAGAAGUACUCAAAUCAAUUGGCAGCUAUUAUGGUCACUUAUCCAUCGACUCAUGGAGUAUUUGAGUCAUCGAUUCGUGAUGUUUGUGACAAAGUUCAUGAGCAUGGUGGACAAGUUUAUCUUGAUGGAGCCAAUAUGAAUGCUCAAGUUGGAUUGUGUCGUCCAGGAGACUACGGGAGUGAUGUGUCGCAUUUGAACCUUCACAAGACAUUCUGUAUUCCACACGGAGGAGGUGGUCCAGGUGUUGGACCAAUUGGAGUUAAAAAACAUCUUGCUCCAUUCCUUCCUGGUCAUUCAGUUGUGCCAGUUGAUGGACGUAAAGUUGGAUCAGUUGCUUCUGCUCCGUAUGGUUCAGCAAGUAUUCUUGCAAUUACAUGGGCUUACAUUCGUAUGAUGGGGCCAGUUGGUCUUCGUGAAGCAUCUCAAGUAGCAAUUCUCAAUGCUAAUUAUAUGGCUAAACGACUCGAAAAUGACUACCGUAUCGUUUACAAAGAUGAACAGGGUCUUGUAGCUCACGAGUUUAUUAUGGAUUGUAAGCCAUUCAAGAAGCACGGAAUUGAGGUUGUUGAUAUUGCGAAAAGAUUGAUGGAUUAUGGUUUCCAUUCACCAACGAUGUCGUGGCCUGUGCACGAUUGUCUCAUGAUUGAGCCCACCGAAUCAGAAGACAAAGCUGAAAUGGAUCGUCUCGUAGAAGCUCUUCUCUCAAUUCGUGAGGAAAUUCGUCAAGUUGAAAACGGAAGUCUCGAUAAACAUCUGAAUCCAUUGAAAAUGGCUCCACAUACUCUGGAAAAGGUGACCUCGGACAACUGGAAUAUGCCAUACUCCCGUGAAUUGGCUGCAUUCCCGAAGCCUUGGUGUACCCAUAAAGCAUGGCCAACUGUCGGAAGAGUCGAUGAUCAAUAUGGAGACAGAAAUCUUGUGUGCACAUGCCCCCCAAUUGAAUCAUAUCAGUAAUAGUCGUUUUAGAUUAAGUUUUUAAUUGUCGGGUCCAAUUUCUCUGGUUUUCAUUAUAUUCGAAAAUAAAGGAAUUUACU